UCGUGGCAUGGAGGAUCCAGCGGGCAGCUGCAGCCCCCUGAUCCCCACACGUCCAGACAGAAGAGCAGCAGAUCAUGGUCUGAGCUCAGUUAUCGUCGAGCUGAAGCAAAGCCUGGUCUCACCGCUCGACUCCUGUCCUCUUUUACCCUCUUCUUUUAUCCGCUCUGAAAACAUCAUCGUUUUUUGUUUUUUGGCCCUAAUGUCAUUUUCGGGCUAAUUUGCCUUCGUGUUUUAAUAAUCAAAUUGAUGAAAAGAAGCAAACUGCUGUGGUUCUCAUGUCUCCUUCAACUUUGAUCCGAAGGGACCGAACCUGAAGCUCCGUUCUACACGAGGGACACACACACAUCUCCGCUAUCUCCACUUGGUGGAAAAAGGACGCGUCUUUGGUGAAUAGUGAUCGGGGAUCUGACGGGAACCAUGGCAUCAACUUUAUCAGCAGACGAAGAGCAGGCCACAAGACAGUUUCUGGAGGAAAUAAACAAGUGGACAAGUCAGCAUGGCGUGUCCCCGCUGUCCAGAGAGUUGGCUGUUAAGUUCCUCAUGGCUCGCAAGUUCGACGUACUCCGAGCGAUCGAGCUGUUCCACAGCUACAGGGAAACACGCCUGAAAGAAGGAAUUGUCAGACUGCAGCCUCACGAGGAGCCGCUGCGCUCAGAGCUGCUCAGUGGAAAGUUUACUGUGCUGAGUGUAAGAGACCCUUCAGGGGCUUCCAUUGCUUUGUACACAGCCAAACUCCACCACCCCAACAAAACGGGCAACCAUGUGGUUCUUCAGGCGCUUUUCUACCUCCUGGAUCGGGCAGUGGAAAGCUUUGAGACCCAGAGGAAUGGUUUGGUCUUCAUCUAUGACAUGGCUGGUUCCAACUACACUAACUUUGAGCUGGACCUGAGCAAAAAAAUCCUCAACCUGCUAAAGGGGGCGUUCCCUGCCAGGCUGAAGAAAGUGUUGAUCGUUGGCGCUCCCGUUUGGUUCAGAGUGCCCUACAAUCUGCUCAGCCUGCUGCUGAAAGAGAAGCUGAGGGAGAGGGUUCAGAUGGUUAAAAUGGCCGAGCUGUGUCAGCACCUCCCCAGAGACUGUCUCCCCCAGCACCUUGGUGGUCUGUUGCCACUAGACGCCUACAACUGGAACCAGCAGCUGUUGGCCGGUCAGAAUGGUAAAGUGGACCCCGUGGAUGAACUGGUGGCGGUGCCUCUGGAGGAAAGCUCCAUACACAUCCCUGGAUCUGAGUCCAUGAGACCGCAGGAGCUGCUGGCACAUCUUGGCAGGCUUCAGCGCACAGGAAUCCAUCAGGAGUAUGAGGAGCUCCGCAAAGAACCGCCGUCUGGAACCUUCCGCUGUUCACAAGCAGUUUUUAAUCAGGAGAAGAAUCGUUACGGUGACGUGCUGUGCCUUGAUCAAACCAGAGUUCGCUUGAAACCCAGAAGAAAUGAGAGAUCCGACUACAUCAAUGCCAGCUUCAUGGACGGCUACAGACAGAAGAACGCCUACAUUGGUACACAGGGACCAUUGGAAAAGACUUACAGUGAUUUCUGGAGAAUGGUCUGGGAGCAAAACGUGCUUGUCAUUGUCAUGACUACCAGGACAGACGAGGGCACUCGCAGAAAAUGUGGACAGUACUGGCCGUUGGAGGAAGGUGGACAGGAGGUCUACGGCCACAUGGCAGUGGUGAACCAAAGGGUGGACCACCACAGCCACUACAACCACACAAACCUGGAGCUGCACAACACUGAGACUUGUGAACAGAGACAGGUGAGUCAUUUCCAGUACCUCAGCUGGCCUGAUUACGGCGUUCCCACCUCUGCUGUCACCCUCGUGGACUUCCUGGGAGCUGUGAAGAGACAACAGAAGAAAAUGGUAAAGUCUCUGGGUGCACAGUGGACCGGCCACCAACUGGGACCCCCUGUGGUGGUCCACUGCAGUGCAGGGAUUGGGAGAACAGGUACCUUCUGUGCCCUGGACAUUUGUCUCUCUCAGCUCCAGGAUGUAGGCUCGCUAAACAUUUGCCAGACGGUGCGGCGCAUGCGAACACAGCGAGCCUUCAGCAUCCAAACGCCGGACCAGUACCACUUCUGCUACAAUGCCAUCUUGGAGCACGCCCAGAGACAGGGCCUGCUCCCAGCCAAUCAGUGAGCUUCCGCCCUAGCAAACCCACCCACUCCAAGAUUUCUGUGGUCAGUCUGUUAACCCAGAGCCGUGUUACGUGACCAAUUAGUAAAGUCAGGAAGGAAGCUGUGUUAUUUAAAAACUAGGCCAUUCUUCGUUGGCAGACCAAGACAUGAGCUGCAAAUAAAUGUCUGUGACGCUGACAUCAUGAUGCUUCACUGUGACAACAUUCUGUCCGCCAACAAUGUGACUUCUUCUUCCAUUUGUUUUCUGCUGAACAUAUCUCAGAGUAAACCCACUACUCCAGUGCCUGUGGUCAGGGACAUUAGAUGAAAUAAUCAAGGUUGUGCUCAUUAGUCUGUUUGUUUAUGAUGUAUAUUUCACAGUGUGCUUAGAGAGGAGUCGAUACAGAGGGCUGUGCAGGAUGGAAUGACAGAACUUAAUGCUUAAAUUAGCAAUUCUGUAUAGAUAUACACCAGUGCUGGGAUAACUUGAUUGUUGUUCAAUGUAAUAAUGCUUAAAUAUGAAAUAUCUAGUAACACACACACACCACACAGACACACUCGGAUUCACUGUAAACAUCUGCAAAGACCUUUAUUUAGAGGAAUUAAGAGGACUUCUUAGGGAGAAAGGAAGUCAGUGAUAGAGUAAAAUAUGCACAAAUAUGUGUUUGUACUCCCAACAGUCUUUCAUGGGCACUUGAGUCAAAAAUAGUGUCAGUUAUAUUUUAGCUUUUACUAUCGUGCUACUUCAAGCUGACCAGACUGCGGUGGUAAUCAGUGCCUUCAUCUGGUCCGUGUCUUGCCAUAAAUAUACAUAGAGUAUGUCUACGAGUACUGAGCAUGUGCGCGUGUGUGUAGGUGUAUGUGUGUCAUAUGUUGCAUUAUGUUGUUGCUGGGUAAAAAAAAUGUGUCCUUUACUACAGAAUUCAUAUUGAAUUUGCUUGUAGUGAAGCAUUUUUUAAAUCUGCCAUCCGUAUGCACUCUUGAUUUUAAAUCUAUGUUUCUUUUUUGUGACAGAUGCAAAAUGUGCCCCGUUUUAUUUUUCUAUUGUAUUCAACAACAGUUUUCAUACAAUUAGCCAGGAUUAUACAGUUAUCUGCGUUAAUUUUAUAUUUGUUAUGUUAUAACCUAUUACUUUAUCAUUUGUAUGGAUAUGAACCAAGCUAUACUGUAUUAAAAACAAACCAUGUCCGUGUGUA